AACCCAACAUACACAUACACAACCUAAAUUCACAUCCGAGAAGGGGAAAGAGAAGCGGAGGCAAAAUGUCUCGCCGGCGGCGGCAAGGCUCCGACUCCGACGGCGAGGACGACAGCUUCCUCUACCGCUACCCGCUCCCCUCCGCCGCUGACUCGAGCGCCUCCGCAUCCGGGUCCGCGGGAGGUGGCGGCAAGCCCAGGGGCGGCGGCGGCUCGGGCGGCCUCGCGCCGUCCAAGUCGACGGUGUACGUGUCCAACCUCGACUUCGCGCUCACCAACUCCGACCUCCACCUCCUCUUCUCCCGCUUCGGCCGCGUCGCGCGUGUCACCGUCCUCAAGGACCGCGGGACCCCCCGACGCAGCCGAGGCGUCGCCUUCGUCCUCUUCGUCCGACGCGAGGACGCCGCCGCCGCCGCCGCCGAGAUGCACGGCAAGGUCCUCAAUGGGCGCACCCUCUCCGCCUCCAUCGCCGCCGACAACGGCCGCGCCAAGGAGUUCAUCCGGCGCCGCGACUACCGCGACAAGUCUCGAUGCUACGAGUGCGGCGAGGAGGGACACCUCUCCUACGAGUGCCCCCGCAACCAGCUCGGGCCCCGCGAGAGACCCGCGCCGUCCAAGAAGUCGCGCCGAAGUGGUGGUGGCGGCGGCGGCGGUCGCGGGGGCGGGCCUUCGUGGCACUCGGACGAUGAGGAUGCCGCCGCGGAGUUCGAGGACGACAGGUGGGCGUCGGUGGUGGAUACGAGGGGAGAGGAGGAGGAGGUGGCUGAGAAGGAGAAGAGGAAGGCAAAGGCGGUGAGGAAGGAGAAGAAGAAAGGCUACUUCAGCGACGAGAGCGACGAGGACGAAGACUAAGCUUCAGUCUAUGGUUCUGUUGUGUUCUUGUAAGAGAUCUAACGGGAUCAACUGCAUAGUGUUUGUAUUCUAGCUUCUUGAAAUUUUACGAGUUAAUUCUUGAUUCAACCUUCGUCUUGUCACCGUAGUGCUUCUGUGAUUAUUAAUCUUGUUGAUUAUGAACAAUGCCCCUGGUUUGGCUACUAUGGCCUGUUGAGAAAAUGGUCAUUCAGAAAAGAAAUAGAUAAUUGUUUCUGAAUGUUAGAUCUGUCUUAUGCUUUUGAUGACUGGUAGGCCUGUAAACAUCUUUUUUAGUUACCCUCAUUUAAGAAAUAGACAAAGUUCGUUCACGGA